AUGUGGAUCAAGUUCGGCGUCUUCCUUACAAUAUUCGGGUUAAUUCACCUUAUCAAAUGCAUAGACAUCGCAUACUCGGAUGUAUACCUUCCAGAUGGAACUAAUGGCUUCGUAUGUAACUUAGAUUUCUAUCCAAUCGAUCAUGUGCGGGUGGUAGCACAACACGCUAUCGAAUCAUUUUUUUCUAAAUAUCAUUUUAGAAGAUUUCCCAAAUUAUUCGAAGAUUCACAACUAUUUAAUGUGAAAUCAGACAUCCUUCUCUCAUGGCCUACUAUGCCUGGUUUGAACUUUUACGACAACAGGAACAAAGGGAAAGUCCGGCUUGUCGUGAACACCAGGGGCCAAAUCAUGGGUAUGGUACUGAUAAAACCCGAGGACUCAAACAAGGAAGUUAGUUUUGAGAGAUGCAAUCCAGUGCGCAAGUCUCUUGAAGAAGAUAACAGGGAAAAAACCUCAUUGAAUGAGUAUUGGGACCUUGUUCAUCCUACUAUUGGUUACAAUUGUGGCUUGAUUUUUUUUCCAGAAUCCACUAUUAGCAGGGUAAAGAAUCUAAGCUCAAAAAUAUAUUCAAAAAAGAAUCCCAAUAGAUCAAGGACAUCUGCGCUUCUCAAAAAAUUUACUGGCCAUGAAUUUAGCGGAGUUGAUCUUCAUAUGUACCCUGUGUACCACAAACGAUCCUACAAAGUUGUUUUUGGAUCUUCUGCUAAAUACCGUGCUGUUUUUGAUAUGAGUAAUCGUGAAUUCAAGGGUAUCAUCAAUAUAGAAAAUAGGAAAGAAAAAUGUGCAUCUGUAUGGGAUUUAUCGUCGACCUUGUCCCAUGAAACUUAUCGCCCAUUCUCUACGAUAAAUCUCGAAGGAAUGCAACAUAGUUAUUGGCCCCAGACUUGCUUGGGACAUAAGUUCAAGUCCAAAACUAUAUGGCUUACUUUGGAGUUCGCCCUAAAUCAUUUGAUGACUGUUUUAAAUGAUAGAAGCCCCAGUCUCCCAUUUGUAAGAAAGAAGCUUUUACAUCUCUGGCUCAUGAGAACUCCAGAGAGCCACCAUAAUUACUUAAAUGAUGCCUACGCGAUAGGGUAUCACACCAUCGAUGAAACUUACAGCCUAUACCAUACUAAGAUACAGGACAGUGUGUUGGGAAAUUUUCAACCAUGUCUACAAUCUGAUGAUGAUACUAUUCGUCGUAUACAGAAAGAUCGCAUUGAGAUACACAAUUAUUGA